CUGCGUCACUGUUCUUAGUGCGCCUGUCUGGGGAAAUCCCACGCGCAUGCGUAUUAGCGCCCCCUCGCACAGCCUUGGCUCGGAGAGCGGGUGAGAUUCAGAGGGGUUUAGUGCGAACGCGGCAAGUUCGUUGCUGGGGCGGGCGGAGCCUCGCCCUUGAGACUCGCUCUGGAUCAGGUCCAGCAGCGAAGAGCCCCUUCCCUGUCUCGAUUAAGGCUGGCGAGAGGAGAGGAAGAGUAUGCAGGGCAGAGAGUGAGAACGCCGUGGACUGAACCCGUUUCCGUCGGGGGAGGCGUACAUGGAAGCGCCAGGGUUCAAUAAGUUCUGAGUUGUUUUGAAGAGACAUCCAUUCUGCUGGUUUGGAAGAUACAAUAACCAUAUAAAUGCAGGUGGAGUGUAACCGUGUCAAGAAUGGGCAGAUCUAAACCAUCGCUUGGGUCUUGACCACCCCCCCAAACAUAUAUAAAUGUAAAAGAAGAUUGUAAAGCUAUGGCUUUCUGUGCGAAAAUGAGAAGCUCCAAGAAAAAUGAAAUUAAUACAGAAACUCAAGAGCAAGGGUUGGAAGUAGCAUUCUAUUUACCAGAUAAACCUUCUCUUCAUUAUACGUGUGGCAAAUACACAGCAGAAGACCUUUGCAUUGAAGCUGCCCAGAAAUGCUCUAUUUCUCCAUUGUGCCAUAACUUGUUUGCACUUUUUGAUGAGAGCAGAAUCUUGUGGUAUGCACCGAAUCAUGUCUUCCAAAUAGAUGAUAAAACUGCCCUCCGGGUUCAUUAUCGUAUGAGGUUUUACUUCUCGAAUUGGCAUGGGACGAAUGAAAAUGAGCCAGCUGUAUGGAGACAUUUUCCAAAGAAACCAAAGAGUUCAUAUGAGAAGAAACAAGUGCAAGAAGGCACACCACUUCUUGAUGCAAAUUCACUAGAAUAUCUUUUUGCACAAGGACAAAAUGAUUUGGUAAGGUGUUUUGCACCUGUUCGGGACCCUAAAAAUGAGCAGGAGACUCAUGAAAUUGAAAAUGAAUGUUUAGGCAUGGCUGUACUUGCAAUCUCACACCAUGCAAUUAUGAAAAACCUGAGGUUGCCAGAGCUUCCAAGGGAUAUCAAUUACAGACAGUAUAUUCCUGAAACUUUGAACAAGACCAUUAAACAGAGAAACAUUUUAACUAGAUUGCGGAUAAACAAUGUUUUCAAGGAAUUUCUUAAGGAAUUCAACAACAAGACAAUUUGUGACAGUAGUGUUUCUCCACAUGAUCUGAAGGUGAAAUACUUGUCAACUAUGGAAACAUUAACAAAGUAUUAUGGAUCAGAAAUAUUUGAGACUGCCUCGUUGCUGAUUUCUUCGGAGAAUGAGAAAAUUUUUAAUCUGGGUGACUCUGAGAUAAUUCCACGUUAUGAAGUGAUGGUAACAGGCAAUCAUGGAAUCCAGUGGAGGCUCAAACCUCAUGUUACACAGAAUGAGAAAGAAAAACAUAAAAUAAAGAAGAAGAAAUCAGACAGCAAAGUCAAGAAAAAUGAAGAAAAAACGAAGAGGCAGGAAUGGAACAGCUUUUCCUACUUUCCUGAGAUUACUCACAUUGUGAUCAAAGAGUCCACAGUCUGCAUUUACAAGCAAGAUAACAAAAGAAUGGAACUUAAAUUCUCUUCACAUGAAGAAGCUUUGUCAUUUGCUGCUUUGGUAGAUGGAUACUUCAGACUUACUGCAGAUGCUCACCACUAUCUCUGCACAGACGUUGCACCUCCCUUGAUACAGCACAACAUUAAAAAUGGCUGCCAUGGCCCAAUUUGCACAGAAUAUGCUGUCAACAAACUGAAGCAGGAAGGCAAUGAGGAGGGGAUGUAUAUACUGAGGUGGAGCUGUACAGACUUCAAUAAUAUCCUCUUGACUGUGACAUGUGUUGAAUACUCACAGCAAAUGUUGAAUCCCCCCAAGCAGUACAAGAACUUCCAGAUUGAAAUGAAGGGAAAUGGGUGUGUCUUACAUGGAUCUGAUACAAUUUUUCCAUCUCUGAAAGAGCUGAUGGACCACUUGAAAGGGCAGAUCCUUAGAACAGACAAUAUAGUCUUCUCACUCCGGAGAUGCUGUCAGCCAAAGCCAAGAGAAAUCUCCAAUUUGCUAGUGGCUACAAAGAAAUCUCAAGAAUGGCAACCGAUCUGCCCUUUAGGUCAGCUAAGCUUCCAUCGAAUCCUUAAAGAAGAAAUAAUCCAAGGUGAGCACCUUGGGAGAGGAACAAGGACACAGAUUUACUCUGGAAUUCUUAACUAUAAGGAUGAUGACAGUUACCAGACUGAAAAGGAAAUAAAAGUUCUCCUUAAAGUAUUGGACCCCAGCCACAGAGAUAUUUCUUUAGCAUUUUUUGAGACAGCAAGUAUGAUGAGACAGAUUUCCCACAAACAUAUUGUCCUCCUCCAUGGAGUUUGUGUCCGUGAUGUAGAAAACAUUAUGGUUGAAGAAUUAGUUGAAUUUGGGCCUCUCGAUAUCUUUAUGCACCGCAAGAGUGACAAACUUACAACUCCUUGGAAAUUCAAAGUAGCAAAGCAGUUGGCAAGUGCUUUAAGCUAUCUGGAGGACAAAGACUUAGUACAUGGAAAUGUAUGCACAAAAAAUAUUUUAUUGGCAAGAGAAGGAAUUGACAAUGAAUAUGGACCUUUCAUAAAGCUGAGUGACCCAGGAAUUCCAAUAACGGUGCUGAUUAGACAAGAAUGUGUUGAACGGAUCCCUUGGAUUGCACCUGAAUGUGUAGAAGACUCAAAAAACUUAAGCGUGGCAGCAGAUAAGUGGAGUUUUGGUACGACUCUGUGGGAAAUUUGCUACAAUGGAGAAAUACCACUUAAAGACAAGACAUUAGCAGAGAAGGAGAGGUUUUAUGAAGCGCAUUUCACACUUGAAGCCCCAUCAUGCAAGGAGCUAGCUGAUCUGAUGAAGCAGUGCAUGCACUAUGACCCUAACCAGAGGCCGUUCUUUAGAGCAAUUAUGCGGGAUAUUAACAAGCUGGAAGAACAGAAUCCUGAUAUUGUUUCUGAGAAGAAACCCAAUACAGAGAUUGAUCCUACUAUCUUUGAAAAACGCUUCUUGAAGAGGAUUCGUGACUUAGGCGAGGGCCAUUUUGGUAAGGUGGAACUCUGCAGAUAUGAUCCUGAAGGUGAUAAUACUGGAGAACAAGUAGCAGUAAAGUCAUUGAAACCAGACUGUGGCGGAAACCAUAUUGCCGAUCUGAAGAAAGAAAUUGAAAUUCUGAGGAAUCUUUAUCAUGAAAACAUAGUGAAAUACAAAGGGAUCUGCACAGAAGAUGGUGGAGAUGGAAUUAAACUUAUAAUGGAGUUUCUUCCUUCUGGAAGCCUAAAGGAAUAUCUCCCCCGAAACAAGAGUAAGAUCAGUCUGAAACAACAACUGAAAUAUGCUGUGCAGAUAUGCAAGGGAAUGGACUACCUGGGAUCUCGACAGUAUGUUCAUCGAGACUUGGCAGCGAGGAAUGUUCUAGUUGAAAAUGAGCAGAGGGUGAAGAUUGGGGACUUUGGACUAACGAAAGCAAUACAGACUGAUAAGGAAUACUACAAAGUCAAUGAUGACAGAGACAGCCCUGUUUUCUGGUAUGCUCCUGAAUGCUUACUACAGAGCAAGUUCUACAUUGCUUCUGAUGUCUGGUCUUUUGGAGUGACUAUGUAUGAACUAUUGACCUAUUGUGAUUCUGAGUGCAGUCCAAUGGCAGAAUUCUUGAAAAUGAUUGGGCCAACUCAAGGCCAGAUGACAGUCACACGGCUUGUGCGCAUAUUAGGAGAAGGCAAACGUUUGCCAUGUCCUAAAAAUUGUCCAGAUGAGGUUGAUCAACUGAUGCAGAAGUGUUGGGUACAAGAUCCAGGAGAGCGCACAACAUUUCACAACCUGAUUAAAGGAUUUGAAGCACUUAUAGCAAAGAUAUAAUCAGCAUUUUUAUAUGGUCUCCACUUGCCAGUUUGAAAAGUAUAUACAAGGCCUUUUAUUAUUGCCUGUUGUAAUUUGUACUUUGGUAAUAUUAUAUUGAAAGGGUUCCUUUUGUCCAAGGGGUUUCUUCUGACUAUUAAAUACUUGGGACUGAAUAAAGGAAGCGGCAGAUAAUGUUGCUGAGUGCUUUACUCUGUGCGACCCUUACAACUGUACUAGUUCCACUGUUUGGAAUCUGACCUUUGUCUUGGUGGUGGUGGUCUCAUUGUGGCCCAAAUAGUUUUGAAAACCAUGGCCUUAAAACAAAGAUGCUAACUGUUUUUUCUUGUACACAGUGUGAAUCCUAUUGGACUGUCUAACCAAAGGAAUCAUCAUGAGAGUAUCAUGGCUGUGUUACUUGCAUUCUUGCAAAUGCCUGUCUAAAACAGCCUAGCAGAAAUGUCCAUGGCAGGUUUACAAAGUAUUAAGCAAGAAUGCUAGAUGAUGUCCAAAGAACCACAUAAUGUAGUCUGGCACACUCAAGAGGGUUGUUGACCUAUCUAACAUAGACCACUUUUGAAAAGGCACACUUUUAAAGGCAAUCUAUGACAUGACAGGGGAUGAUCUGCUGUUAAAGGGAGAAAAAGAAGUCAAAAAUUCUAUUAAGCAAGCACAACUAAAACUCUUGGAUACAUCUAAAGUAGUUUUCAGAUCUGAGUCUUUGCAUAAGCAAGCCUUUUAUUUUUCUUAUGCUACUUGCAUUUGUAAAUUGCUUUUCUUAAGUUCAUUAGUUGCAGUCCCAAGUAUUUAAAACUCCAGUUUUGUAAGCUAUAAUCUAAAACUUUGGUAUGUACUAGAAGUUGGAUCACCUUGGGCCUUCAAUGUUUAAAAAGAAAAACAUUAUUUCAUCCAUUUUUAUUUUUGUCUUAAUUUUUUUUUAAUAUUUAAACCGCCCAGAAAUGGAAGUUAGGUAGAUAAAUAAAUAAAAUUGAGUUGUUGUAAUGGGAGCCCAUUGUUUGGUAUGCAGUUCAAGAAUUUGUCUGAAUGACAUGAACACUUCUAGUGGUUUCAAGCUAGGGAAAACCAUUACACCAUACUGUGGCCUAGUGCUAAUUACCAAUCCAUUAACCUUUACUGUAGGUGAUGCUCCCAGAUAUGCUUCAGUGGGUAUGCACAAGGCUCAGGAAAUCCAUUAAUCUACUUGUCCCUGACAAGUGGGGGUGGGAAAUCCUGAUGAGGAAUCAUCUGAUGAGUAACAUUUAUUGACCCCUGCGUAUGCACUUUUCUGUUAAGAAUGGAUGGUUUUUUGUAAAUCAUUACAGUGCAGCAUUUAAUGCAUACAUUAAAACCCCACUGAGAAAUACAUGAAAAGAACACUUUAACCCUAAUGCAUGUCAGCAUUUUGGACUGUUGUAGGAACAAAAUGGCUCUUGAAGCCAUACCCAAAAGACUAAGGUUAUAGUAUUUGCCAAAAGAUUGAAAAAACACAAAUGGCAAACUAAUGGGAGUAGGGUUUCCCAGGCUAGGAGCUAUAAGUAUUUGGGCAUAGUUUUCCAUGCAAAUGGUAUAUGGGGUACACAAUGCAAAUAUGCUGCAGCAAGUGCACAGAGGAGUUAAUUUGGUAUAUUACAAUUUUUCUAUACUAGAGGGGGCUAUUUUAUCCCAGUAGCUGUCAAAGUAUACCAGGCCAAAACAUUGGCACAAAUGCUAUACGGGGUUCAGAUCUGUUCCACCUCCAACUUCAAACUCAUGGAAGUUGUUCAGUCUAGAUUCCUUUGUGCCAUAUUCCAGGUGCCUAGAUGUGUUUCAAAUGCCAUUGGGUUUAACCAGAGUAGAGGCCUGGGGUGGCUUCACACAUUUAAUUACUGGCUCAAAUUAUAUUUUUGCCAUCAGGGCCUGCCCCCCCCCCCGGUAUUGAAAUAUAAGUUCCAUUCUAAUUGGUGUUAGAGUCUUCAUGAUAAAUUGGGCAGAUAUGGCUUCUCUCCACAAAACUUCAUUGGGACAUGACAUCACCAAAGAAAUUAAUAAACAAUGUAUCGUGGAUAUGGAGAAGCAAUCUGAUUUAAAUCUUGUUAAUUUUAGUAGCAUUCCAGGCGAAUUCUCAUACAACCCCUCAGCCAGUGCGUACCUUAAAAAUUUGACCACUCUAAACCAGAGGAGAGCGUUCUCGCUAGCGCGAUUUAAUGCACUGCCUUCUGCCAUUUUGCAUGGCAGAUUUAAGAGAAUACUGCUCAGCAACUGGCUGUGUCCAUGCGGUUUGGGCAACAGCAAGUCCAUCUCACGUGCUUUUAUACUGUUUAUAUUAUAGGGACAUUUGAUUGCCUAGAUUUGAACCACUUAUUAAAAAAAAAACACCAGGUUGAUCAGAAGAGUAUUAUACUUCCUUUCUUCUGGCAGACCAGUAUACAACUAUUGUGGCUGGGUUAGCAAAGUUCUGUGCCACAGCAUGCAAACUGAGAUGGGAGCAGUUGAUUAAUUGUAAUUGAGACCUCUGUAUGUAUAUGUUUUUAUAAUCUUUUACCCAGUCCUGGGUUUGAUUUUAUUUUACUUUUAUUUUCCAUUUUAUUUUACUAGUCACUGACAGUAAUAAAACCCUCCAGUCUUUACGAUCUUCUGGAGAGGUCCGAUUAUGGUUGCCACCAGCUUGUCUGGUGGUGACUCGGGACUGAGCUUUCUCUGUGGCUGCCCCAGGGCUUUGGAAUAUGCUCCCUGCUGAAAUAAGCGAAUCUCCUUCUCUCAAGACUUUCAAGACUCUCAAGACUUUCCUGUUCUCACAAGCUUUUAGUUAGGAUUUUAAUAAUUUUUUUAUAUUGGUUUUUUUAUUGUGUUAUGUAUUUUGACUUGUGAUUUUAAUGUUGGGAUUUGUAUACCACCUAGAGAUUUACAUAGCAGGCAGUAUAAAAAUGAUAAAUAAAUAAUAAAUUCAUCCAUUGUUGACCUAACCAGGCUGAGCUGUGUAUAGAUUUGGAAAGGUGGUGUUGUAGAGAGGUGUAUUGCGCUCUCAGCCAAAAAGAAUAAGUGAUGGCAGCUAGGGGCACAAAGAGAGGGGAAUGAAUCCAGUGAGAUCUAACAAAAUAAACAGCCCUAAUCCUUUUCUUCAGGGGCAGAAUUCCAUGCACACACCUGGAUUGGGGCCAUAAUGCAUGCUUGACUGCAGUGUACUUUCCCCACACUUAUGUGAAUAUAGUAGUCUCUUACAGAUAAAAGAUGCAUUGUUUACAACUCUACAUGUUUUCCUGUAGCCUCCAACCUGGAGCCCAAUGUUGCUUUUGAGAAACUAGACAGUUUGCAAUAAUGUAAUUUAAUCAAUAUUAAAGUAUAAAUGCAAUUAUUUGGUCUGUCAAUUUAGAACCCUCUUUCAUUACUGCCUGUUGUUUUCUUGUUAAUUAGACUAUGUGCACUUUUUAUUCUUAAAAAAAAUAAAAUUUUAUCUAUGAACACUUAAA